AUGAAUCCGGUGAUACUUGGAGCGGUGCUUUUAGCUACAGCGUUAGCAAGUUCUAACGCCGAUGUAUCAACACACGACUUGGAUCCUAGAAUCGUGAAUGGUGAGGAUGCAGGCCCAAACGAAUUUCUAUACCAGGCUUCGCUUCAAACCAACGGCCAUCAUUUCUGCGGUGGAUCGGUGCUUAACAGGUAUUACGUUCUCACCGCUGCUCACUGCGUCUCUGGUCAAGAACCUAGCCAAGUCCAAGUUAUCACUGGAACCAAGAACUUAAACGGCUCUCCAACAUUCGUGCAUCAAGCUGUGAAGUUUAUUGUUCACACUAAAUACAGCCCUUCCAAUAACUGGAUCAACGACAUAGCCUUGAUCAAGGUAAAUAAGCCAUUCGAGACCGGACCACAACUAAACUUCGUUCCUUUACCGCAAGCAAAUCAAAAUAUUCCAGAUAACGCACGCGCUAUUGUAUCGGGAUGGGGUAGGAUCAGAGAAUAUGGACCAGUCUCGACAACAUUGAAAAAAGCAAUCAUCUACAUUACCAAUCAGAGCACUUGCAAGAAUGCCUAUAGAACAAUAUAUGACACGCAAAUUUGCGCCAAUGAUCCCAAGACCGUGAAAGGAGCAUGCAACGGUGACUCUGGCGGCCCUCUCACGGUUAGCGGAAGGAUUGUCGGGAUCGUAUCAUGGUCAGAGGGAUGUGGUCUUUCUAAUUACCCCACUGUGUACACUCGCGUUCCUUCUUACAUAGAUUGGAUUCAAGCAAACGCAGUUUAA